AUGUCGACGAGGUGAAGUGUGCCACUCGACGCACUGCCACUUGGAAACAUGUGAAGCGCCGAACGCUUUUUGAGAUAAAGAGAUAAACGAACAUGAAAAGACAUAAAUGUUUUGGAGGAAAAGCUCUCUAAAGCGGCGACAUCUUUGCAAGUUUCUGCCCUAAAGUUUAACAACAGCUCUUUUAUGCUAAGGUCGUUCUUGCGCUGACGUAGGGAUGACGUCGACAGCAAGUAUGGUGGCGGUGCUGGCGGUCAUGGCGCUGGUCCCAAGUAUGGUGACAGGCCUGCGCGCACCAUGCUACGAGUGUGAGAAGUACAAGGAGUCUCACCCUCAUGCCAACCCUUACGGCGUGGUAAGGAGCCACUGCGUCUACCCAUGCGAGUGUGGCUCUGUGCCCGACUGCCCACCAGGAGUGCCAGUGAUCAUGGAUGGGUGCGGGUGCUGUUGGCAGUGUGCACGCGAGGUAGGGGAGCCCUGCAACGGUGCCACGCUGUGUGAUAAGUCGAGAAACCUCACCUGCGUCUACAACAGCACGGCAGAACCUACGGGGACUUGUCUAGUGGUUAAGCCUGCAAAGUGCACCGUCAACAACAUAACUUACGAGGACGGAGACACCUUCAAUCUGGACUGCCGCACUCAGUGUACAUGUAAAAACGCCACGUACGCCUGCGUGUCCCUAUGCCCGGGAGAGAGCCUGCCCCCCAGUGCCCAGUGCCACCACCCCCACCUGGUAGCAGUGCCGGGACAGUGCUGCAGAGAAUGGAUGUGCGACACUGCCCCAGGAAAGGCCGUGGGCCCACCCUCCUGCAGGCGCGUCUCCGGCCGCUGGUCCCCUUGUUCCCACACGUGCGGAGCUGGCGUAUCCGUGCGCUGGACGACUGACAACGCUAGCUGUCAGACUAUCAACGAGACUCGCCUCUGUCAGCUCCGGCCGUGUCAGCGUCAGCCGUGGCAUCAGCAAGGGCAGAUGGAGGAAGCUGGCGAGGGGGCGUUCGACGAGGGCGGAGGAGGAUGGCCCAUGCAGCAGUCGCGGAAGCAUCACAUAAGGCGCGGCCACGAGUGCAAGGCAACGCAGCGUCACGUGGUCCCCGUGCGUCUUCGCUCCGGUUGGUGCGUCAGUCAGCGCCGCUAUCGCCCCAAGAUGUGCGGCGAGUGCGUGGGGCGUUGCUGCACCGUCCACGCCGCCACCACGAUCAACGUGCCUUUCCUGUGCCCACUCAAGGUCUCCAAGGGGAACAGAGGCGCGAAGGGCGCGGCCGGAGCCAAGCGUCGAUACCCGCGCUCUCUCCACGUUCUCCUCCAGACCGUUUUCGUCCGCAACGUCACUCGGUCUCCUCCCCCGUCGCCGUCCCCGUCGACGUCCUCCUCGUCGGUGGCAACGCCUUCCGUCCCUCUCUCUACCACCUCGUUCCCUGCCUCCUCCUCCUCCCCUCGUUCUCCUCCUUCCUCAGCUGCUGCCUCUCCUUCUCCCUCCUUCUCCUCCUCCUCCUCCUCCUCCCCGCCCCCCUCGCCUUCCAAUUCCUCCUCCCCCGCCCCCCGUCGCCGCCGCCGCCGCAGCGUGUGGAGCCCCUUCUUCCCCACCAGCGCCUCCUCCAGCGUCUACGACAUGAUGGACGAGGGCCAGCCGAGGACGCACGACCGCUACCGCUACUCGCACCACCAGUACAACCACCACAAGUACGACCCCGCCGCCAGCUUCUACUACUACCAGCGCGACCUGGAUGACAACAGCAACAGCGAUGACUACCAUCAUGACGCCGGUAGAAGCUUCCGGUACGACACGGAGGGCAGCCAUUACGAGCACGACCCGACCAUCAGCCUGGAGGAACUGCAGGAGGAAGAGGAGGAGAACUACCUCCCAUCUACGACCACCACCGCCGCGUGGCAACAACAGGACUACGGCAGUUACAACGACAAUGACAAUUACAACAACUACGACCCCCGACAAAUAUCAAAGGAGAACGACCCUCUUUCCCUCCACAGCUACGACCAGCAGCAGCCGCCGACGACCACGGCCGACCUCCUGUACGACCUGCCUCUCCCCCACGAGGACCUCACCGUGGCGGACGACAUUCAGUACGACUGGGUGACGAGUGGCGAGUACGAAGUAGUGCCUCGCCAAGUCGAGUGGAUCAUUCGCUGUGCCUGCUCCUUCUCUUCCCCUUCCUCUCCCUCCUCUGCCUCUUCCUCUUCUCUGUUGCCUUCCCCGUGUGAUGCCUGGAAGCCCAUCCCCGUCGCAGGAACAUGAGCAGAGAGAUUGGAAAGAAGAGAGAUCAGGGCUUCAUUCUGCUGCCUCGAUGACCCUGCCAACCGGAGUCUGCCACAGCCGCGAGUGCACCCCCAAACGCCUGUAUUUAUUAGGCCAUUAGAAUACGUUUGGCAUAGGUGAGGCCUGGUGUCUAGAGGGAAAAAAAUGCGUAUAUAUACAUAUCUAGAGAGAAUUUUUUGGUAUAUAUGUUUAUAAGAAGAUAUAUUAGGUAUUUGUUUAUCAUUUUCGGAAUGUAUCUAUCUCUGUGUUAAUAGAUAAUCCUUGUCCGAAUGUGUAGAUAAAUGGUUGUUGAAAAUGUUCUCUAGGACACAAAUAAUGCAACGAUAAGACUUAUUAUUUAAAAAGAACCGUAAAUAAUUCUUUUUUUUUUCCCGUGCCUUUUUUUUUUUUUUUUAAUACAUUUUCCGUGUUCGACAUGAUUACAUGUGUUGGGGCCCUAGACAUAACUUCAUUAAGUUUAUUCACAGCUCUUUACCAUUAUCCCGAUGUAUUUGCAAAUCCGUUCGUUUACAAUUAUUCAUCGAGAGUUCAGUUCAAGCAGAAAGGAAUUGAAUGGAAAUGCCUUGUUGCCAGACUUUCACAACGGAAGUCUCUCAGUGUGAAUUAUUAAUACAAUAAAUACAGAAGACUGUACAUACGAUAAUAUACGUUCCAUUCAGUAAUAAAUGUUAUAAAUGUUCAAUACAGUAAUAGAUAAAAACCCAAAAAUCUUCCAUGCAGUAAUGAGGAGGGACAACGUUACAUACAACGAGGACGGGAACAAAAUACAAUCCUUGAAAACAAGCAAGGGGUCGGGUCGAGUGGAAAUCUGACCCUGUCUUUACUUGAUAUUCGUUAUAGUUAACAGUCUAGAGAUUAUAACGAGACGUAUUAUAUAAUGAACUGUUAUCUGACGGUAUGAGGAGAAUUUAUUGUAUUUCCAAAAAUGUACGAAAACGAUAUAUGUAUAAGUAUGAUUGUGAUAAGUAUAUUAGAUGAUUGUGUGUGGAUAUGUAUUAGUUUGCAUAUAAGCCUAUGUAAAUACAUAUAUAUAUAUAUAUAUAUAUAUAUAUAUAUAUAUAUAUAUAUAUAUAUAUAUAUAUAUAUAUAUAUAUAUGUAUGUAUUUAUGGAUGGAUGCAAAAUAUGUAUACACUCAUACGUAUGAGCCAAUAGAUAACAAAAGGCACUCAGCCAUAUGUUUCUUAUAAAUUUGAUUCGAUUUUAUUCAUGUUUAGCAUAACAAAGAGGGUAAUCUCAAUCUAGCAAUCACUGUAACAGAUGUACUAACACCUAGAUCAUUGGCUGUAAUUCAUAUGUUGUUAGGUAGGACGUAUCCCAGUAGGUGUACAUAGUGUAUUUAUAUCGAUAAUAAAAGACGUGGUAUUUAAGCUG